CAUGCGCAGUGUGUCUCUCUAUUUAUGUGCGCGUGGAGCAUGUUUACGUGAUGCUGUUAGCUAAACACUUCAGUGAGAAAAACAGAAAGCAGACGUAGUUGCGGGUAGUUUUGUUUUGUUUAAUUUACAGGUAGGAAUUUUUUAACAAGAACACGACAAAAUGCCAAACGACGGCUCAACGAAACUGUCGAAAAACCUUUUGCGGAUGAAGUUUAUGCAAAGAGGCCUUGAUGCAGAGGCAAAAAAACAACUUGAGGAAGAAGAGAAGAGGAUUAUAAGUGAUGAGCACUGGUAUCUGGACCUGCCUGAACUUAAAGCAAAAGAAAGCUUCAUUGUUGAAGAAAGAAGUUAUGUCCCAUGUGAAGACUUGGUUUAUGGAAGAAUGUCAUUUAAGGGAUUCAAUUCUGAGGUUGAGAAGCUGAUGGUUUUAAUGAAUGCUCCCAGAGAAGAGGAGGAUGAAGAGGAGGAGAAGGAUAUGACUCGAAUGGACACAGAUAUUACAGAUGAGGAGAUGGCCAUGAGAUAUGGAAGCUUGGUUGAAAGCAUGAAAAGAAGAUUUGCCAAAAAAAGGGAACGCACAUCUCUGAAGAAUGAAGAGGAAGAUGUCAACCAGAAUAUUGUAGAGACACAACCCAAGAAAGUGUUCUUGAAGCCCCAGGAUUGAGGCAUUUUAUAGGCUUUAUAAAGUGUGUGUGGGGUUUUUUUUUUUUUUUUUAAAAGAUACAUGCAAACACUUUGGACUCUUUAAUGUUUUAAUGCUUUACAAUCAUUCAGUGAAAAAAGGGUGCUGUAAAAUGGAUGUUGUACAUCCUUAUUUUUUUAAUGGGCUAAGUUUAUGAUCAUUGUAAUGUGUGUUGGGUUUUUAUUUAUUUUAUUACAUUUUUGGCCACCCAUGAAAAAGUAUCAUUUAAGGUUCUUGUGCUGAAGAGCUGGAAUGCCUGUGGAAUUUAAAGGCCUGGUAUUUCCAGACCUGAGAAAAGUAAAGUAAUUCCAAAAAAUG